GCUGCUGAGGGGACGGCCGGCCGGUCCCUGCUCGGUGCGACCGCCGCCUGCCUGGCAGCCGCUGCGCCAUGGCUCGUUCCGCAGCAGUGCGCCCCGGUGUUUUCCCCCGCCGCGCACAUCUGUGGUGCCGCCUCACGGUGUAACGGUUGCAACGGAUACAGCGGAGAGCCGCGGAGCCGGAGCGGAGGCAGGGCUUAUCGUGGCCAAGCUUCUUCAAAUGCAAUGACUCAACAGCUACAGGAUGAAUUUGACAGUAGUGUUGAAAAUGCAGAAGCUUGGAUGAAGGCAAUCCAAGAGAGACUGAGAAUCAAUGACAACACCAAAGGACCUCGAUCUGCCCUAGAAGCCAGACUGCGAGAGACUGAGAAAAUACGUGCACUGGAACCAGAAGGCAACUUGAAAAUGGACUUGGUUCUUGUGAAGGCAGAUGCUGCUCUCCGCUGCAUCAGAGAGGAUAAGAAGCAUGAGAUACUAUCUAAGCUGAAAGAUAUUAAAGACUUGUGGGAAGAGACAGCCAUAUACAUUACUCACUGUCACAGCCGUAUUGAGUGGGUCUGGCUACACUGGAGUGAAUACCUGAAAGCCCAAGAUGAGUUUUACAGAUGGAUCCACAACAUGACUGUCACCUUGGAACCAGACAUCGAAUUACAACUUGGCUUAAAAGAGAAGCAGUGGCAGCUGAGCCAUGCUCAAGUUCUCCUCAAUGAUGUCUUAAAUCAGUCAGUUUUGCUGGAAAUGCUGCUAGAGGAAGCCACUUCGUUGUUCAGCAGGAUAGGUGACCCCAGUGUGGAUGAGGACAUGCAAAAGAAAAUGAAGAUGGAAUAUGAAGAAAUCAGGCAGGAAGCUGAGAGCAGAGUGAAACUGCUUGAAAAGAUAACUGAGGAACAUGAACAGUACAGUACCAACAUCAGCCAGUUCCAAUCGUGGCUGAGCGGUGUGACAGAAAGAUUAAACUGCUGCAUCAGAGAAGAAGGGAAGUCUUCAGCAGAGGACAAGUUGAAGGCACUGAAGGAAAUUGCCAAAAACAUUAGAAGAGGUGGAAAAAAAUUGAAGCACCUUGAAAACCAAUGUGCAGAGGUGAUUUUAAAUACUUCCCCACUUGGAGCAGAAAGAAUGAAAGAUGAACUUGAAGAGCUAAGAAAAGCCUUGGAGAAGUUGAAACUACUGAGUAGUGAGGAGGAGGAGAGAUUGCUCAAGAUCCAGCAGUCAGAAAGUGACUAUGAGUCCCAAGCCAGACAAUUAAAGGCAGACAUCCAGGAGUUGAGAAAAGAUCUUCAGAGACUAGAAAGUGAUCUGGACUCUGCAGAAGUGGAAAAGACUGAAGAUGGGUUUGUAGCUUCAUGGAGAAAAUGCAAUGCAACAAGAGCAGCUCUGGCUGCAGAAGAGUCCAAGGUUGAGAGGCUGAAGGCUCAGCUUAAGGAGCUUCUACGAUUUUCCCGGGAUGUGCAGCCACUCGCUGAGAGUGUUGUCUCUGCAAUACAGCAAUAUCAGAGUGUUAGAAGCAAGACAUCUAAAAUGACUACUGAUACAGAAACCCGGCUGAGAAGACUAUUCCAAAAUCCCUUGCAAGAUUUUGAACAGUGGAAGCCUUCAGUCCAUAUGCUCCUGGAUACUCCAGAGCCAGCACUGGCUCACAUUGAGGCUGCUCUAACUUUAAGCUCCCAGUUCAAAGAGAAGUUCAUGACAUUACAGCUGAAGAAGGAUUUGUUAAACAAUGUCCUUGGUGAGGAACAAGCAAAGUCUUUCUUUCAAGAAGUAGCUGAAGCUUCAAAUGAGAGAGAAAUUCUGCACAGAAGUUUGCUGCAAAGCAAGAACAAACUCCAGAAUUUGAUAUUGCAACAUAAGGACUUUGAUGCUGGUUUUGCAGCUUUGCAGAAGAAAUUAUCUGCCAUAAAAGCCAAAUUAGAUCUAGAAAAGGAACCACGGGCUGACCUCCUGGGUAGAAAGACACAACUCCAGAGACUUCAGAUGAUCCAAGAUGAUUUGGCAGAGCUUACAAUUCAAAUGGAUGAGGUAGAGAAGCUUGUUCCAUCAAAUACCCCAUGCAGGCAUGAAAUGAAUCAACUUGCAUCUGACUCUCAGGCCCUGAAGAGAUCACUGGAGAUGAUGAUACAGCAGAGUGAGGAGCAUAUUCAGAAGCACUGGGCAUAUAACAACAAACUCUCUGAUCUGCAGCAGUGGAUCACAGUAAGCAUGGAGAAGAUGGUCUCCUAUCAGAGUGCUGAUGGAGAGCAGGACACUGAAGGCAGGGUGGCAGGCCUUGAGAGAUGGCUAGCUGAGUUUCCAGAUAAGGAGAUCCAGUUGCACCUCGUGGAAGCUCAUGGCCAGCUGGUCAUGGAGAAUUCUUCCCCAGAGGAGACUGCCCAUGUCCAGGCAGAGCUGGAUCAGCUAAAGGAGUCAUGGAGGACACUGAAAGAAAUGACAGCUGGCCUUCUCAAAAAGCAGCAGUUAAAUAGACCGCUGGCUGAUAAGAAGAAGAUAGUGUUUGGGGACAGCAGAUGGAUGUCUGGACCUGCCUUCCACCUUUUAGAUGCAGAUCCCAACCAUAAGAAGGAGAGGACAGGAGAAGGACAAAAUACAAGCAGCCACAUGAAGCUCCUACAUGAAUUUGAGGAGUGGCUACAAGGAGAGAACACCAAACUGACCAAAAUUUGUGCUGCAACUUCAUCUUCCACUGCAGAAAUUAAAGCACGUCAGAGCAAACUGGAGGAGCUGCAGUCUCAUGUGCCUAGUGGUCAGAGUCUCUUUGAUGAACUUUUAUGUCUCCAUUCUGUCACUGGAAACUCUGAAGAUCUGGAGGACCUGCGUUACCGAUGGAUGCUCUACAAAUCUAAACUGAAAGAGGCCAUGAGUUCACUGAGUCCUGGAACUUUGGAAGAACCAGACAGAUUAAAAAAGAAGCGCCCUGGAAGAGUGUGCUCAUUCCUGCGUCGAGUGUGCUGGGUAGCACUACCACUGCAGCUACUCCUUCUGCUCUUGCUGCUUCUGGCCUCCAUCCUACCCCUGGCAGAUGAUACCCACAGCUGCACACUGGCCAACAACUUUGCUCGCUCCUUCAACCUGAUGCUGAGAUACGAGCGCCCACCUCCAACCUAACUCCCUGGUGUGGCACGAAGCAACAGAAAUACUUUGGUUUUUACAACUGCAAGGAUUGUAGAUUUUAGGACUUCUAACAAAGCCAUCAACUGGGUAGGUCAUAUAAAUACAACAUAAGGUUAGUCCACUUUAACCAGAUAUUUGAGCAAAAUAAAUAUUUUGACAAUGUUUUAUUAUUUAUAAUGUGUAUAUAGAGAUUGUGUAUGUAUGUACAUAGAUAUAUAAACACAUAUAUGUGCUCAGACUGGCACCCACCAUCCACUCCUCCACUGCUUAAGGAUAAUACUCCAAUGUUUGUAUGUCUAUCAGCUCUCAGCAAGGGACACUGAAUAAUCAUGUUGUUGUAGUUUUAUUUGCAUGGUUUUUAAAAUCAGAUUCUAGUUGUUUACAACCAAAGUUAGGGCAAGUAUGAGAGUUGCAGAGUGCAACCUGGAAAGCAGGUAAGUAAAAUCAUUUUUGAUUGCAGUGGUUGACAUUCAGUCCAAGGAAAAUGGAGACUAUUCUGUUUGAAAUCUUGAGCUGUUCUUUUUGUUACCUGGAUGCAAGGCCUGUGGAAGGUUAAUGGAGACAUUUCUACUGACUUCGGUGGAAAUUUUUUACUGGAUCUGUUUUCCAGUUGAUGUGUUCUCCAGCCCAUUUGAAUCAGGACAAGUAGAAUACAGUAGGAAAAAAAUGGGAAGAGAGAAUAUAUAUAUUUUUAAACAUGUCUGUAGCAGGAGAACUUGUAAAAUCAAGUCAUAAUUUUAUGAACAAAUUUGUGAGCACUGAACAAAAUGUCACAUCCAUGGUGUUGUAUUUAAAAAGCAGUGGAGGUCUUUUGUUUGUGGGAGUUUAUGUUGCUGGGUUUUGUUGUCUAGCUUUUUUUUUUUUCCUUUUACUUUAUAAAGACACAUUUGGUAAUAUAUUAUAAAGCUUGGACAGUGAGAUGCAGCCUGGCUCAGUGUUAGUGAAGCAAAAGUCAGAAGUACUUUAAUAAUACCACUUUGGAAAAAAGAUUCCUUCCUAGGAUGCUUUUAUAUCAAUGGUUUUUUAAACUGAUAUAAACUGAUUGUAUUAAAGACAGUCAGGCCUGUAUUUCAGUGUAGUCUAAACUCUAAGAGGAUGGCAAAUUGUCAUUUAUUUAGCUAAUCUGAUGACUAAUUUAUGACAUUUUCAAAUGUGUGUUUUAACAUUGCCUUUUAACAUGAAAACGACUUUCACUCUACUGUGGUGAAACCAUUCCUAGUGGUGUUUUAUCUAAAUGACUCAUGAGAGAAAAGAUAGUUUCUAAAAUGAUGUGCCAUUUCUAGGAGCUGUCUUUUACUGUCUUACCUUUUUAGCUGCAGUAGUAAUUGGGCAACAAGAAUUUAACUGAAUAAAUAGUUGGCUUUUUCCAUCUUG